AUGCACACCGUCUUUGUCCCCUACAUUCUCCUUCCAGAAACGGAAGGAACCCUUGCAGAACUCAAUGAUGCAGAAAAAGAAUGUGAGCAGAGAGAAGCAGGGAGUGUUGAGCAGACGGUGGUCCUUUGUGUGGAGAUUGAGAACUCUGGCCAGUCAGGUAUUGGCACUGGGUUUGUGGUUGGGAAGGUGGAUGUGAAGAUUGGUGGGGAAGGUGCGAGGGCAAUGCUUAUCGGCUGGGGACAUAAUGGGUUUAGUUCAGAUGUGGUGGAGAAAACAUUCCCUUUGAGGAUCGGACCUCUGGCACAGUAUAAUUUGCUCUAUGCCGUUCUUACAAUCUCCAGAGGAGAUGGACCUGUUUUCAAUUGCAAGAGCAGCAGGUGUGGGUGGGCCUCCUCAAUCUGA